CUUUUAACACGAUUGACGUUUAUAUCAGUUGGUGUAAAUAAAAAAUGGCAGCAAUUUUACGAGUGAAGCGGAAAAAGGAUGAAGAACCAUUGGAUGCUCUUUUGAUUUCAUGUAAACGACAGAAAAUAGAAUCCGAUGAAAUCACCCCGUUAACUGCAAUCGUCAAAUUUGCAGGAACUGUUGAAAAACAAGAAGAUAGUAUUGUCAAACACAUAACGAAAACUUUCAGUAAAGAUGUUUUAAAAAAUAACUUUAAGCAGCAUAUCGUUGAUAUUACAAAAAAGGCACGAGAGAAAACAAGGCAAGAAUCUAAUGAAAAUCGGUAUAAAAUUAUUAGUAAUUUGCGUUCAUUAGAUACUUCUUUGGUUGAAAAUUUUGAAGAAAGUAUUGUUAAUAUUAUCGACGUAGAAGAUACUAAGGCCAUUGUUAACGAUAAGACCGACAUUGACUACGUUUAUGAUUUAUAUUAUACUCAAACAGAAGAAGUCUUACAACUUGAAAAUUUAUUAUCCGUUCAACCUGUGGAAAAUGAUUUGGUUUUCGAGGAUUAUUAUAAUAAAGAAAAUGAAGACGAGGGCGACUCGGAAGAUUCAAAUUCCGAGUCAAAUUGGAAAAAUGAUUAUCCAGAUUCGGACAAUUCUGAAGAAUCAUUUGCAGAAAAUAGUAUAAAAAAUGCCAUGAGGAAUUUAGAUAUUGAAAAUACGUUAUCAAGUGAUAGCGAUGACAUUGUUUAUGGGCUCGAUGAGCAUGACGUGGACAAAUAUGGAUAUAUGUAUGCAAAGUAUAAAGCAAGAAUGAUGGAAGAAGAAAAUAGCGAUAAUGCAGCUGAUUUCAAUUGUGAUAGUGAUGAUAGCGAUGCAUGAACAUUGCUUUAAUGAACAAUAAAU